AUGGUUCGUUUGUUCGUGGUCAUUGUUGUCUUGUGCCGGCUGCGAGCCGGAGCGCCGCAGCCGCCAGAUUGCGUGGCGGGCCGCCACCAGCCGCGCGAAGCCGUACCGAGCCACUCUCGGGAGCGCUACACGCGCAUUCUCAGCUCGCGAUCAACAAGUAACCCGCGUAUAACGCGCAGCCCUCAAACGCGCGCCCCUUUAACGCACGCUCUCCUCAAGAAUACGAUACGGAUCACGGGAAACAGGAAAGGAACCAAGGAACAUUCAACAAGUGUUAGAAUGGGAAUCAGUUUCCUGCGGCUUUUGUCAACAGUCUCCGUUACGUGA